AUGGAACGAGCAGGAAGGUCGUCAACCUUGGGAUCUACAGAUGAAGUUGAAUUGGAGCCUAGUGGAACAUCUGCUACGAUACAUCUUGAUAUGACUACAGGUGGUGGCAGCUCUUCUAGUGACUUCAACCCGUUCGGUGCCAUAGAUGAUGUCAGGUUUAAAACAGAUGAAGACCUACCGGAUGCACUGGCUCCUCCAUUUUUUAGUAAAUAUGGAGAUUUUCAUACAAUCGACUGGCAACGAGAUUUGGCACGAGAUCGGUUACGACAUAAAAUGAUUUCGAAAAAAAAAGUAGAUUUUCCGUUGGGAUUAUUACAGUCAGGAUGGGAUGCCGGUGCAGGUUGGAUAUGUGUUUUAUUUGUUGGUCUCGCUGCUGGAGCGACUGCCGGAAUUAUUGAUAUUGGAGCGAGAUGGAUGAGCGAUUUGAAGACAGGAGUUUGUGCAGAUCGUUUCUGGUUAGAUCGAGAACAUUGUUGUUGGUCAUCAAACGACACAUUUUAUAAAGACGACGAAUGUAAAGCAUGGACAAAAUGGCCUUGGAUGCUCAACUACUAUAAUUCAAGCAGUUUUCUAUUUUUAUUCCUCGAAUGGAUAUUCUAUAUCGGAUGGGCAGUUGCAAUGUCAACUCUUGCGGUACUUUUUGUGAAAAUCUUUGCGCCGUAUGCUUGUGGUUCUGGAAUACCCGAGAUUAAAUGUAUCCUAUCUGGAUUUGUGAUCAGGGGAUAUCUCGGAAAAUGGACAUUCAUCAUCAAAUCCGUUGGCUUGAUUCUUUCUUCAGCAUCUGGGUUAUCACUCGGAAAAGAAGGUCCGAUGGUUCAUCUUGCCUGCUGUAUUGGAAACAUAUUUUCGUACCUUUUCCCCAAAUACGGACUGAAUGAAGCAAAGAAACGUGAAAUUCUUUCUGCUUCUGCUGCCGCAGGAGUUAGUGUUGCUUUCGGAGCACCGAUUGGAGGAGUUCUGUUCAGUUUAGAAGAGGCAUCAUAUUAUUUUCCGUUGAAGACAAUGUGGAGGUCUUUCUUCUGUGCUCUUGUCGCUGGAAUCAUUUUGAGAUUUGUAAAUCCUUUCGGCAGUAACCAGACUUCUCUAUUCCACGUAGAUUACAUGAUGAAAUGGACUUUCAUCGAGCUUGUACCAUUCGCACUUCUUGGACUUUUCGGAGGAAUUAUCGGUAGUCUGUUUAUUUUUGCAAACAUCAGAUGGUCUCGUUUCCGGAAGAAUUCAAAAACACUCGGUGGAAACCCAAUUUACGAAGUUAUGAUUAUCACUCUUAUUACUGCUGCAAUUUCCUAUUUCAAUCCAUUCACUCGCAAAUCGGCUCUCUCAAUGAUCCAGCAGUUAUUCGAUCGAUGUGAAGAUCAGACUGAUGAAGAUUCACUGUGUGAUCAAAAUAAGGCAUUGAGCAUUGCGUUUGGACAGCUUCUCUGGGCUCUUAUUUUCAAGUUCAUUAUUACGAUUUUCACUUUCGGUAUCAAAGUUCCAUGUGGUUUAUUCGUACCUUCUAUCGGAAUGGGUGCCAUUGCUGGUCGGAUUCUUGGAAUCACAGUUGACCAAAUCUUUCGUUCCGUACAAGCAACACCUGGUCAUUCUGAAUACUUUACUUGUCAGAUUGGUAAGGAUUGUGUCAUGCCCGGACUGUAUGCAAUGGUUGGUGCGGCUGCUGUAUUAGGAGGAGUCACACGAAUGACCGUAUCUCUUGUCGUCAUCAUGUUUGAAUUAACUGGAAGUUUAGAAUUCAUUGUGCCAACUAUGGUUGCAACAAUGUUCUCUAAAUGGAUUGGAGACGGAAUCUCAAAAAUGGGAAUCUACGAAGCACAUAUUGAACUAAACGGAUACCCAUUCCUUGAUUCAAAAGGAGAAUAUCCUUAUUCCACAGUGGCCAGCCAAGUUAUGCGUCCCUCAAUCCAUCGUCAAGUUGCUGAUGAAUUGUCCAUGAGUGAUUUGAGGGAGCUCAAAAAUGAGCUGAGUGUGAUUACUGAAAGUGGAAUGACACUUGGAGAUCUGGAAGGUUUACUCCGACAAACAGAUUUUAAUGGAUUCCCAGUCGUCGUGUCACAUAACAGUAUGCAUCUUGUUGGUUUUAUUACCAGACGAGAUAUUCUUCUUGCUCUACACACUGCUCGUAAAACUCAACCAUAUGUUGUAACAAACUCAAUUGCUUAUUUCUCUGAUGCAGUACCAGAUUCAGUGCCUGGAGCACCAGCACCAUUAAGACUUCGUAAAAUUUUAGAUAUGGCUCCAAUGACAGUAACAGAUCAGACACCGAUGGAAACUGUCAUUGACAUGUUCAGAAAGCUUGGACUUCGCCACGUACUUGUCACCAAAAACGGAAAAGUACUUGGAAUAAUCACUAAAAAGGAUAUUCUUCAGUUUAUGCGUAACAAAAACUCACAAUAG